UGGUGCCAAGAUAAAAUCAGGAGCCCUCACAGGAGGAGGAGGGAUUUUUGUGGAGCUUGGGGAUAUAUCGAGUUUGAAACAGUGGUUUAGGUAGAGAUGGUAGAAGGAGAACAAGAAGAAAGCAUGGGAAGUAAGCCGGGAGGAAACGUUCAAGAAAAUGAUCCACAGUCUAUUUCUCAUAAACUGUUCCGGCGACAUAUUUCUAGAGAAGCACUGGAAGAGUGUUGUGAGCCAAUCUGUCUGUGAUUAUUUCUUUGAAGCUCAAGAGAAAGCUGCUGAUGUUGAAAAUGUACCACCUGUCAUUUCAACACCUCACCACUACCUCAUCAGUAUCUAUAGGGAUAAGCUCUUUUUUGUGUCUGUCAUACAGACUGAAGUGCCACCUCUCUUUGUAAUUGAGUUCCUACAUCGAGUUGCUGACACUUUUCAGGACUACUUCGGUGAGUGUUCAGAGGCUGCAAUUAAGGAUAAUGUGGUCAUAGUGUAUGAGCUCUUGGAAGAAAUGUUAGACAAUGGAUUUCCACUGGCUACUGAAUCUAACAUUUUGAAAGAACUGAUUAAACCACCAACAAUUCUCCGUUCUGUCGUCAACUCGAUUACAGGUAGUAGUAAUGUUGGGGACACACUCCCCACUGGGCAACUGUCCAACAUCCCAUGGCGCCGGGCAGGAGUAAAGUACACAAAUAAUGAAGCCUAUUUUGAUGUCGUUGAAGAAAUAGAUGCAAUUAUAGAUAAAUCAGGAUCUACAGUCUUUGCAGAAAUUCAGGGGGUCAUCGAUGCUUGCAUUAAGUUAUCCGGAAUGCCUGACCUUUCCCUUUCUUUCAUGAACCCCCGGCUUCUAGAUGAUGUCAGCUUCCACCCCUGCAUCCGGUUCAAGCGUUGGGAAUCUGAAAGAGUUUUGUCAUUUAUUCCUCCAGAUGGAAAUUUCCGACUCAUAUCAUAUCGGGUCAGCUCACAAAAUCUAGUGGCAAUACCAGUGUAUGUGAAACAUAGCAUCAGCUUUAAGGAGAACAGUUCUUGUGGCAGAUUUGAUAUUACAAUUGGACCAAAGCAGAAUAUGGGAAAAACUAUUGAAGGAAUCACAGUGACAGUUCACAUGCCAAAAGUUGUGCUGAAUAUGAACCUGACACCAACACAAGGCAGCUAUACAUUUGAUCCAGUUACCAAGAUACUAACAUGGGAUGUGGGGAAAAUUACUCCACAAAAGCUCCCAAGUCUUAAAGGACUGGUAAAUUUACAGUCUGGAGCACCCAAGCCAGAAGAAAAUCCAAGUCUCAACAUACAAUUCAAGAUCCAGCAGCUUGCUAUUUCAGGCUUAAAAGUAAAUCGCUUGGACAUGUAUGGGGAGAAAUAUAAGCCAUUUAAAGGAGUCAAAUACGUCACAAAAGCUGGAAAGUUCCAAGAAGAUUUUGGGAGUGAUUUUCUCCAUAGGGGGCACCAGCUGGAGGUUGCACAUUGUAACAGUAAAGGCAGAAGACUACAGUGAUAACCUCUCCUAAAACAAGUGAACUGAUCUCAGCCAGCAGCUGUCUUAAUCUGUAAUGUGAUGUGUCAAGUGCAGCCAAAUAUCAUACCCGAUCUUAGCCAUCCCAAAUCAGCAUCUGUCCCAAGAGGAAAUUCCCUCCACCCCAAGAAGUUUACAAAAAAAAAACUGCCUCUUCAAGUGUUUGCCUUAUUCAGCUUUUCACUUGUGCCAUUAAGCAAGCACUGUAGCAGAAGCCACCUCCACAUGCCCUGGCAAGGAGCAAUGCUGCUCCACGCUCCAUUCUCACUGUACUUGGUAUUGUCUUUUUUAUAAAUAAGAUUUCUAUGUAAAGCGCAGAUUUUGAUUUACAGAGACCUUGCUGCAGUAAGUACCAUCUCAGUUUUGCACCAUUGGUUCAGCUGUUAGCACAGUAAAAAUCAUUUGUAUGAAAGGGGCAAAUGCUUUAUUAUGGUAGUAAAAGGGAACACUACUGCUUUUAGGAAGUUAUUUCAAGCACAAGUGUUUGAGAUUUUAAAUAAAUUAAAGUAGUAAAAUAAGAAUGUAAGUGAACCUUUGCCAUCUUCAUGUUUUAUAAAGCUUAUCCAACACCAAUUAAACCAUAGUUAGCCUAAAGGCCUCAUGCUGUAGUUCAGCAAGAGGAAAAUAUGUCUGCCUCACUAUGGUCUUUCAUCUUUUUUUGUUGUUGUUUUUACUUUUUUAUUGAAUUUAUUGAAGUGACAUUGGUUAAUAAAUUUAUAUAGGUUUCAGGUGUACAAUUCUAUAAUUACAUCAUCUGUAUAUUGUA